GACCACACACACACACACACACUGAAUGUAUAGAGUUUUUGACCAAGUAUUGGAGAAUACAAUUGAGAAUUGACUCUUUGAAGGAGGAAAAGCUGCUCAAAAUAAGCACAGAUUUUUAUGACAUGCUUGUGGUGGAAGAAAGUCCUAACAUUGAUUUGAUUCGAGUUCCUCUUCAUUUGAACAUGAUUGCAACCAUUUAUCAGUCAGAUAUACAGCAACAUCUUAAUGAAUCAAAUGAAAAUGUUCAGUUUUCUACCGAGCGGUUUGAUUUGUUAAUGUUGUAUGAAAAAAUAGUUAAAAUGACCCACGAUAGGCUUCAUAUAAUCAAAAAUAAAUCUGAUAUAACAAAGCCAUCCGUAAAAAAAAAUGCUCGAUGAUUCCUUCGCCCAAUUUAACAAAAGAAAUAAAAUUUUAGCCGUCCAUAAUUUGUUUAAUGGAAACGAAUCAUUAUUGUCUGACCAGGAACGAAAAAGCGUCGAUAGUUAUCUUGUCGAAGUUAAGGAUUGUCAAGAUAAAACUGGUAUUAUCAUUGGUGUUACAGAUAAGGUACCCUUAUUUGUUCAUCAAACCUACGCUGAAUAUUUCUGUGCCUGCUUCAUUAUUGAAAAAUAUUCAUCUCUCAAUCACAAAACGAAUGCAUUUAAGAAACUAAUUAAUUUUCUCCUGAAUAAUAAUUUUAUCAAACUGAAAAGCACACAAAUAGUACAGUUUAUACAACUUUUUUUAGAAAAUAAAAACAUUACUGUUGAUUCUAAGUAUUUCAAGGCAAAAUAUUUACUGGAAAAAAUACUGUGCAUUAACUUAAGCGGUGGCAUAUGUUCAAUUCAUAACUUAUUCAUACAUUUUAUAGAACAUUCAAUUGAUGAGAGUGAUAAAAAUCUUCAGCUUAGAAACAUAAUUUCACGAGCUACAAGCACACAACAAAGUCAACUUUUAUUAGCAGUAUGUGAAUCUGGAUGCAUUAAGGUAUUUCAGUUAAUCAUUGAUUUUAUUGAUCUAAGAAAAUAUGGCUUUUUAUAUUUACGGAAAGCUGCAUUGAAAGGACACGCAAAAAUUGUAAGACUAUUAGUAAAACAAAAUGUCACUGAUAAUUAUUUAUCCACAACACAAUAUAUCGAAGAAAAUGACCCCAACUUUGGUAAUACUGCACUACAUCUUGCAGCACAAGCAGGAAAUAUUGAAGUUGUUCAAAUAUUACUCUCAAAUGAUGCAAUAGUUAACAUCCCUUCAGUUAAGUUGCAUACACCAUUAAAAGAUGCUGUUACGUUCAAUCGCUUGAAUGUAGUAAUACUGUUGUUAGCUAAAAAUGCUAAAAUUGAUAAGGAAUUACAUAUAGCAUCAGAAAAAGGUUAUUUUAAGAUUGCGGAAUUGUUGAUAAAGUCUGGUGCCAAUGUUAAUGCUAGACUCAUAGACGGAAACACUCCUCUCAUUGCAGCCUCAGGAAGUGGACACAGGGAUAUUGUAAAACUGUUGCUGGAUAAUGAUGCUCUGAUCGAAUCUGCCACAAUAGACUAAAACAUGACGGCAUUAUGUUUUGCAGCCCAAGAAGGUCACACUGAAGUAGUACGUUUGCUGAUCGACAGAGGAGCUGAAGUUGAUGUGGAAUUUGGAAAAGAUGGCAUAACGCCACUUUUUCAAGCAGUAUGCCAUGGUCAUAAGGAAGUGGUAGAGCUAUUGCUACAAAAUGGCGCUGAUUGUAAACUAUCUUUACCAAUGAAUGCAGCAGCCUUCACUGCACAGGUGGAUGUUGCUCUAUUACUUUUAGAAUAUGGUGCC